CGACCAUAUUUAAGAUAGUUAGUUAUGAUGAUAACACGAUAGUCGUUCAUAUAAUUCGUCCAGAUUUAUCAUAUCCUAUUGAAAAAGAUAUACUUUGGGUCGAUAAAUACUUGUCAAUUCGCACGAUUUAUCAAAAUGGGAAUGUUGUACCAGUAGAUAUUAAAUUGGAUAUACAAGAUUUUAACUUUUUAACUUAUGCGAAUGCCAUAGACGAAUCGGAUCCUUUUAGUUAUACUGAUUGGGCAAUGAUUGUUGAUUUAAAUGGAAAAUUUUACAG